CUCAGAUUUCCAAACCCCCCUUGCUUGAAAACACGCAUUAUUUAUAUACGGAAAACACACUACAUCACGGCUUCCAAUUCUACAGAUUCUCAAAUUACGACAAGGACACUGGACAAGAUGUUGUCAUCCACCUCAUUACUCGCGCUCAGCCUCUCAGCGCUUGUCCAUUUAUCUUCAGCUGGCGUCACCGAAGUGAUCAACGGAGUCACCGUCAGCAACUGUCCUGGAGCCAUGGUAGUCCAAGGCACCACUGCAACAUAUUGCUGUGUUGGAGGCACCGGGUUCAGCAUGUCAUUCUGCGACGGAUUUCCAUUCUGUUCAAGCACCGACACGGUGACCACCACUUCGGCAACGUCCUUGGCCACACCCACCUGCCAGACCACUAUUCCUUUGAGUGCUACGAAUUUUCAGCAACUCGUUGAAAGUGCUAGUCGAAGUCUGGCUUCGGCUUCAGGUUCAGCAUCAGCAUCAGCAUCAGCUGCAGCGACUCCUUCGACUGGUAGUACGGCAAGUAGUACUGGUACUGGCACUGGCACUGGCACUGGCACUAGCACUGGUUCUCAGGCUCAACAGACUCAGAAUGCAGCAGUACAAGGUAUUAAAGUGUCUUUUGCGGCUUUGGUGGGAGCUAUGGUUUUUCUGGCGGGUGGUUUGAGUUAGAGAAGACAAGGAGGGGGGUUUAGACUACUGGAUUGAGAAACAAAGUCUCGAGUCAAUAAUAACACGAUGUCAUGGAGGUGGUCCUGGCUCUUAA